UUUUUCUCCCAUGGAGGCUUCCUCAGACCUGAGCAGUUCGGUUGAGCGUUGGAGGAGACGUUAUCUGAGCAGAGAGGGUUAUCUUUUGGAUGUAACACAAGCCAAAAACAAAAGUAGAAGAGCCCUGAUAGCUGCAGGAGAUAACUCACUUGAUGAUACAGUUGCAUCUAUACUGAUAAAUUCCUCACAAUCAAAGCUUCUAUACUGCAGAAGAAAGCAUAAUAGAAGAUUUUUGGAUUCCUCAAAAACUUUGAAAAACUUAGCUUGGCCAGAUGACGAGUUGGAUUCUUUGUAUGAUUCAAACCAGCCUCAUAUACAGCCAGAACCAAUUGGAGAUUUUCUUGGAAAUGGUGAAAUCCAAAGUGAAGGCAUAUAUUCAGAAACAGAUAUUACUCUGCCAUCCACUUUAAGAGUGGCUGCUUAUUGUGAUUAUAAUAAUGAUGGUGAUGCAGUAAGAGAUAGUGUGAGCAUUUCUGAAACCCAGGAAUUGAAUGGGGAAAGCAUGGUAACACCUCAGUUCAAUCAAAUUUACCAUGAAUUAUCUAUCAUCCAUCAGAAGCUACAGCAAGAAAAAUUAAGUCAGCAAGAGUAUGCUUUGAAACUUCAAAAGAGAGAAUGCUUCAUAGCUGAACGGGAAGUCCAGCUUUAUAGGCAUGAAGCUGCUUUGACCAAGAUAAAGGGGGUUGAAGAGGAAGUUCAUACAAAAUUUCAAAUUGUGAAGGAGCAACAUGGAGCUGAAAUAAAGCAGUUAUCCGAUGCCUUGAAAGAAAAAACAAAGGAGAACAAAAGGCUGAAGACAUCAUUUGAAACACUAAAGGAGCUGAAUGACACCUUAAAAAAACAGUUAAGUAAUGUGACUGAGCAAAACAAGAAGCUUGAAGUCCAGUCUCGAAAAGUACAGGCUCGUUUAGAGAAUUUGCAGAGAAAGCAUGAAUUUUUAUCAGUGCAGAGAUCUAAAGAACCCACAUUCCAAGACCGUAAACCUGUGAAGUCAGAAAGAGCAAUAGCAUCAGCAAAGGCCUAUAAAUUACCACUUAAUUCACAUGUCUAUAACUUGUUAACGGUAUUAAUGGACUGGAUCUCAGAGCAGCACCUAUGCAAAUUGAUUGUUGAGGAAGAGAAAGAAAACAUUCACAAGCUAACGGGAACACUUGCUUCCAGCAUAAACUAUACACAGGAGAAAUGUGUCAAGCUUUUGCCUCUAGUUGCAGAACAACUUCAGUGGUUGCCAUUUGUGAAUCCUAAUCUGCACUUUCCUGUGGUUAAGUGCAUUUACUGGGCUGUAAGGCAGUUAGAUGGAAGUACCCAGCAUACAGCAAUGACCUCAACCAUGAGACGGCUGGGUGAAGACUUAUUUAAAGGUGUUGUCCCUAAGGAAAGUCAGCACAAUUCUUCAGAACAUGCUACUGAUUCCAAACCCAAGGCUGCAUCUUUCUUUAAAAGUUGUAGUUUAUCUUUACGAGUUGUGUCAACUUUAAUUAUAAUCAAAGUGGUCACACAAGCUGAUUAUUUGGCACAAGCCUUUGAUUCACUUUGCAUUGAUCUGAAGACUGAGGAAGGGAAAAUCUUGUUUUUGGACUACCGAGCUGUGCCCAUAAUAUUGACUCACCUAAGAAUAUCAAGGAAAGGCCUCCUUUCCAAUGCCAUUGACAGUUUACUUCAGAUGACAACAGAAUCUAGGUAUUUGAAUCGCUUUCUGGAAGCUUGUAGUAAUGAACUCUUUUUCCGGACUUGUUCAGUGCUACUUCGCAGUUUUAAUCUUGAUAUUCAGCUCCUGGAGAAACUCAGCAUUCUGCUUCAAAAACUUUCAAAAAUCAAGAGUAAUAAGAAGAUGUUUGAGCUGUUUACUCUCCAUCUGAUGAUUCAAGAACUAUUGAGGACAGCACAUCCAGAUCACACGUUUUUGUGCAUUAACCUCAACUCAAUUCUCUUUAAUUUGGGUUUAAUAAAAAACAACCCCAUUGAAAGUAGCCAAAAUGCAAGUGACUAGCAGGCUGCAUUUUAUAAAACGUUUCCAGUGGCUUGUUUAUGUUACAUGAAUUAACAAAAUGUGGAAUGGGAAUUGCCUCUGUAGGUGUCUCAGUUGUACCAGUCUUCAGAAUAC